UAAUAAUAAUAAAAAUAAAUAAAUUAAUAAAUAAAUAAAAAUAGGAGCUCUGAACUUUCCUGUCAGACUGGAUGUUCAGGGCGAGCGUGAGAAUGUGGCCACGCCCUCUUGUCAGCUCAGCCAAUCGCAGUGCAGGAUAUGCGCAUGCGCGUCGCGUCCCCUCUGACGCAGGCUCUUCCUGUUUCGCUCAGGUGGCUCUCGCGCUGCUAGAAGUUGAUGUGGAAGAAGUUGUGCGGGCGCGCGAGCGACCUGUGUGACAUAAACAGCUUCCGGAAGUUUCUCUCUCUCUCUCUAUUUUUUUUUUUUUACGUUUUUUUAUUUAUUUUUUUUUUAUUUAAUUUACGAUGACAAAGCGUCACCAUGGAGACGUGCGGCGUCUUUUUUACUAGCCGCCGUUUUUUUUUUUUUUUUUUUUUUUUUUUUUUUUUUUAAACUAGCAAAGCUAAUCUGUUGUGCUAACGUCCAGCUCGCGAGCUCGUAACGUCACGAGAGAGAGAGAGAGAGAGAGAGAGCGCGCGCGUGAGCCCUGUAGCGCCAUUAUUAUUGUUUUUAUUGUUUUUAUUAUCAUUUUUAACAAACUCAGAGCCGCAGUGUUCACUCGGUGAUGUUCUGCUGGACUUCCACAGCAGGCUGGAGGUCUGAAGAAGCUUCUUCUCCUGGUCUGGAGCUUGUUUGAGAUGGAUGUGGGCGUCACGCGCUUCUUCUCUGAGCUUCACUUUCACUGAACAUCAACAAACAGUUAGCGUGUGGUGAAAAUAGUGAAAAUGUUCCAGAUGAAAGGGCUCUGCUCGCGCUCCUCGUUCUACGUGGGCUUCCUGGUGGGAACGUGUUCUCUGUACGUGAUCCUGCACCAGGCCUGGUUCUCGCAAAACCCCCACCCGCGACGUGUCGACGCGGACCUGAGGAGACUCGAGGAGGAGCACCAGAACUGGAGGAAGGAGAAGUUAGCGCUGUUUAACCUCGUCCACCCGCAUCACAUCGGUGAGGACAGCGCCCUGGCUGAUUCGCUGUACAAGCGCGUACGUAUUCUGUGUUGGGUGAUGACGGGUCCGAAGAACCUGGAGAAGAAAACUCGUCACGUGAAGGCCACGUGGAGUCGGCACUGUAACGUCGUGGUGUUCGUGAGCUCGGUGGACGACCCGGACUUCCCGACCGUCGGACUCCACGCCAAGGAGGGCCGCGACCAGCUCUACUGGAAGACCAUCAACGCCUUCCACUACGUGCAGGAGAAGCACAGCGCCGACGCCGACUGGUUCCUCAAAGCCGACGACGACACGUACGUGGUGGUGGACAACCUGCGCAGGGUGCUGGCCAACCACUCGCCGGACGAACCCGUGUACUUCGGACGCCGCUUCAAGCCCUACAUCAAGCAGGGCUACAUGAGCGGCGGCGCCGGGUACGUCCUGAGCCGAGAGGCGCUCAAGAGGUUCGUGGAGGGCUUUCGCACCAAAACGUGCACUCACACGUCCUCGGUGGAGGACCUCGCCCUCGGACAGUGCAUGGAGAAAGUGGGCGUGGCCGCCGGAGAUUCCCGGGACACGCUCCAGAGAGAGACGUUCCAUCCGUUCGUUCCGGAUCAGCACCUCACCGCCAAAUUCCCCAAGAGCUUCUGGUACUGGAAGUACGGCUACUACCCCGUCGUCGAGGGUCCUCAGUGUUGCUCGGACCUGGCCGUGUCGUUCCACUACGUGAACGCGCAGAUGAUGUACCUGUUGGAAUAUUACACCUACCACCUGCGUGCCUUCGGGUAUCGUUACCGCUACCAGCCCCCGGAGCCGAACCCCGUCCCGCCGUCGCAGCAGGAGCACCAACACGACGCCGAGUUACAGGAAGCAGAUAAACACCCUCAUCCUGAACACGGGAACGGCUAAAACAUUUAUUUUUUAAUGUAGGAUUUUUCUCGGGACUCCUGGAAUUAUUAUUUUAUUUUAUUAUUAUUAUUAUUAUUUUAAAUUGCCGUGGGUCGGGGGGGGAGAGCGUGGUAUUUUGUGGUGGUUCUUUUUUCAUGUACAUCAUGAAUCUUGUAUUAAGUCUUGUAUUGAGUCACAUAUGAGUGUGUGUGUGUGUGUGUUUGGGUAUGUGUGUGUGUGUGGGUGUGUGUGGGUGUGUGUGUAUGGUUGUGUGUGUGUGUGUGGGUGGUGGCUACACUGACUUUACAGCCACAUACUAUAAAAAGUGUUUACUGAGUGCUGACAACUUAAAUAUGUAUAGUGCCUCUACAGGUGUGUGUGUGAGUGUGUGUGAGUGUGUGUGAGUGUGUGUGUGUGUGUGUGUGUGUGAGAGAGACUCAGGUGUGUAUAGGCUCAUCCUCAAUGCCUUCUUAAAAUUCUAGACCAAAUGAACACACUUCACCCCCUGUCACUUUUGUGUGUGUGUGUGUGUGUGUGUGUGUGUGUGUGUGUGUGUGUGUGUGUGUGCGUGCGUGCGUGCGUGUGUGUGUGUGUGUGUCCAUUCAAGACCGACUUUCUUAAACAGAUCAUGUGGGCGGAGCUACACGAGAGCUCGGGUUGUGAUGUCACAAAAUUAUAGAAAAUGCGUCAAAUCACUCGUAGGCUCAGAGCUUGAGUCUUUAAACGCGGCCUUUCGCUCACUUAGCUAACGAUGUUAGUCGUCAUGGUAACGACGAAAUGCAUUCUGACGACCGUGAGCCAGCGACGAGCAAACCGGCGAUAUGUUUAGCUCGUUAACGUGGGAUUGGAGUUUUGAUUUGCGUAUUCAUGAGUAUUCUCGCGUCUCAGCGUUUUCUGGCGCAAAGGAUGUUUUUCUUGUGCGUUAAAUUUUGUAUACACGUUUAUUCCAUGCAACUUGAGUACUCUUAGAGGCGAUAAAGCCGUCCUCAUCUGACGUAUGCAAGCGUAAAAAUGCGAAUCAGUACGUAAGGUUAGCUUAACGGCGGCAGAUUGGGACGUUAUAUCGCUAUGACGAUAUGAAAAAUGUUGGAUGAUGAGGUGGAGCUGAUGGAGGUGAACCUGUUGAACCUGUUCUUCUGCUCCACUUUGUGAUUUGGAUUUUUUCUUUACAGUGAGCACCAAAGCCUGCGCCUCGUUAAACACACUUUGUGCAGAUAAAAGGUGCACUUUAGCGCUAAUCUCUCUCCCCUAGGUGUGUAGCGUGCGGCGAAAAGAUCGAUUCGGAGAACAGAAGAACAGAAAACUCAUCACUGCUACUACAUUUUAGUAUUUUUUUUUAGUAUUAAAGGUUGUAAUAAUUAGAAGAAUAAGCCUAGUUCGAGAGAUACGUGAAUCCCUCGCUGGCAGACACGCCCACUUCUCUUCUCAGCCACGCCCCCUCUUCAGCCACGCCCCCUCUUCAGCCACGCCCCCCACUCAUCACCUCCUCAGUUUCCUGUAUACGCACAGCUGUAUCUGCUCCACACGCCAGUGUAACCUUAAACGUGGCCUGGAGAGGGCGCUAAUACGACAGACGUGUUGUAAAGUUGUAAAGCACCCAAAGAAGAACCAAAAAAAAAAACAAAAGAAGAGGAAGACAUCGCCGGAUCUUCAUUACUAAGCGCGAUCUCUUCGUAGUGAACAUUCGGCUGUAAUUCAGAUAAAAACGUGACGACAGACAGCAGGACAGCGAAUAACCUGUGUGUGUGUGUGUCUGUGUGUGUGUGUGAGUGUGUGUUUAUUCAGUUUCCUCAAGUUGGCGUAAAAUGAUAAAAUGAGUAUCGUAGCGUACGUGCGCUUUGCUACGCAGCUUACGCGUUCACAACAUCUUCGUAGAUCGUGAUUUAAGUGUAGAAAGUUUGGGUUUUGAGUCAUUUUUCCGUGGAGUCGAGUGAAAAAAAAAAAGAAACGACGCGUAAAACACGACCGACAUCGAACGUGAGCCGGAAUUUGACACUUCGCUCAGUGUGGGUUGGGCUUAAAGGCAGAUGUUACGCGGUUAAACGUUUAAAUAACGUGUUCGGAUGAGACAAAUCUUUCCAAAACGUUUUUUUUUUCCUUAACUUUCCAACACUGGAGUAAUACCAGUAGUUAAAAAGUAGUUCUGGUUAUUAUUAUUAAUUUUUUUUUUUUUUAAACGUUUUCCUGAAGGUUCCACACAGUUCUUUCUUCUGCAUCUGAAGUAGUUCCAUCUCGGACACAUCUGCCCCCAAGUCCUCCAUUUUAAAGCGAGUUUGGCGUAGAUAUGUUUUCUGUUCUUUUCCAAACUGUCGUCCAUUUUAUACUCGCACACACUGGAGAGAGAUUAGGAUAUACGUUUAAAAACAAAAACAACAAAAAAAAAAUCGCUGGAGUUUUUACCUUUAAUGCCGAUUUCUCUCUCUGAGUUUUUUCCCAGUGGCGUUGGAGGACGAUCGAUGGCCUGAGAAUGCACUUUGCUAAUGAAUGAACUGACACGGAGCCAUUAAAAAACGAUUAAUACACGGACUUUGGCACCAAUUAACCUUGAAGUGAUUAAUUUUGUUGUUAUGGAAACCAAAUCGGUGUUGUUACUGAUAGCUGAUGCUGAGUACUGAUUGUAAUCAUCAACACAGUGAGUGUUUUUGUUUUUUUAAUUUUCUGAAGGUUAUUAGGUUAUUUCUGAAGUUUUCUAUAAUGUUUGGAUAAUCAUUGUGUGUGUGUUUUUUUUUUUUUUUUCUUAAAAACAACACUGCGCUGAAAUAUGACCAAGUGUUUACGUCUUGAGUGUAAAAAUCAAACAGGAUUAAUUGUAAUAUUUUUGAUUUUCUGACGGUUUUAUGUCAACGGGAGCAAAUGUGUGAAGAAUAACGUUAUGAUUUCAUCACUCUGUAUUGGUAUUUUCGUAUCUAAAGGUGUGUGUGUGUGUGUGUAUGUGUGUGAGAGAGAGUGUGUGUGUGUGUGUGUGUGUGUGUGUGAGUGAAGGAAAAUUCUGUACAGUAACUUUACAGCUCUAUUUAUAGAUUCAGAAAUGAACAAAAUUACUGAGGUACAAUGAGGAGGAUAUUUAAUAAAGACUUAUUUUACCGUAAA